CCAUUAUCUUCUUCCUCGUUUCCAUACUAGUCUGCAAUGAAUCCUUUCUCUCGAGAAAUUUCCAUUGAAACAGAAAAACCCACAAAGGACGUGAUGGGUGGUAGUAGUAACUUGGAAAGGACAUUAACUGUUGAGGUCAGGGGCUUCGACAAGGACAAGGGUGAUUUCCUCGACCUGGGUCAUCCUCUCCUCAACCGCAUCGCCGAGAGCUUUGUUAAAGCUGCUUGUAUUCGAGCUAUUCAUGCUGUGUCGAGGGACGCUUACUUUGCAGCUGUUGAUAGUACAGAUUCAAGUAAUUCGCCAAGGAGCACUCCAAGUGGUGCCAAGUCGCAUCCCUUUCCUCGUCUCAAAGGAGAAACCAACAGCAAAUCUCUCGAAGUAAUGGUGAAGAACACUGGAAAGGAGACUCUACAAUGGGGCUUGGCUGCUGGUAUAUAUUCAGGCCUAACGUAUGGUCUAAAGGAGGCUCGUGGAGCUCAUGAUUGGGUUAGUUCGGUAUCCCUCUUAUAUGUUCUUUUUUGUCAGGGUUCCUUCUUAAUGGAAUUUGGGUUAUUCAGCAACCACCAUAUAAUCAGGUGGGACUUGACAUUAGGGAGUGAACAAAAUGUCUCGUUACAAAACGCUGAUAUACACAGGCCCCCUUUGUUCACUCCUCAAGGGGUAAUGUAAAGAAGGAAGUGAGAAGUCUAAGAAUAGGAAGUAGGAAAAGGAAGGUAGAUGUAAUGGCUAAACUACAAAUAUAUAGGACUACAUUUCUUGUUAUGGUUAAAGGAUCAAGCAACUUUCUCAUCUUGCACAUCUCAGUUGAGAUUUUUCUUCUAAAUCUGAGAUUUUUCAUCAUAGACCUCAUGUUUAGGCGCUAGUAGGUGUCAUCAAGAGACUCUAAACAUUAGGAUGUUGAAGUCGCGGCAUGUUGCAGAAGUUGUUCUGUACCAUAAUUAACUAGUUCUACUAAAAGUAUAGACUUUUAAGCAUACAUAAUCUCAAUUGAAGGGUAUCAUCCAGACAAAUUUGUUAACAUGACACAUGAAUGAUUUUAGAUUCAGCAGUGUGGUAUAACAAUUGAUCUGCUGGAUUCUCAAUCCUGGCAUUGAUACUUUAUGUAUUUUUGAUAAUCUGUAAUGACACUGAUGAGUUUUUAUGCAGAAAAACAGUGCAGUGGCAGGAGCAGUUACAGGAAUGGCAUUGGCGUUAACAUCAGAGGAAACCACCCAAGAGCAGGUGGUGCAUUGUGCUAUCACUGGAGCUGCCAUUUCUACUGCUGCAAAUCUUCUUAAAGGGAUUUUCUAAGUUAGAACUACAGGGGUUAUGCCAUGCAGCCUCAAAAUUUUAGUUUUCCUUUUGCCAAAGACUAAUUUCCUUUUGAAUGCAAGGUUAAGAGAAAAUAAUCAUUUGAGAAUUUCGUUGUUCCAGCUUAAAUAUUGUCUGCCUUUAACUAGGUGGGUACGUACUACACCAACAAUAUGUAAACAAAGUCUUAAUUUGUUGGCUUUGAUUAAAAUUAAAUAGUUCUCCAUGAUUUUGUAAGGUAGCCAGACUUUCCACUCAAUCAAAUCUCUCAGCUCCGGUGUAAAUGAAAUGAAACCUAUAAAACGAGUCAGUUUAU